AUGGUUCAUGAUGCGGAAUUCAUGGAUGUUGCAGACUCUGAUUUUCUCAGCAAUAAUAGAGAAUUUGAUGACGAUGACUCGGAAUUUGAAACUGUGUUUGAGAAUUACUUUGCAUUUUCUGCUGCCAGGAAUCGCUUCUUUGGCCGGAAGAGGCCUGUUCAUGUUGUACUAGGUUCUGGAAUAGUUGCUGAUAUUAUACUGUGGAGAGAUAAGAGGAUCACAGGAAGCAUUCUAGCUGGUGUAACUGCCAUAUUGUUUAUUUAUAAGAUGAUGGAAUACACCUUUCUUAGUUUCAUUUGUGAAUCUCUCAUAAUUCUAUUGUCCAUACUGUUCCUCUGGACUCAUCUAACCACCUUCAUUGACAUACCUCCACCUAAAUUAUCAGCACUCAUCUUACCAGAAGGGUUCAUUGUUAAUACUGCUAUUUCAAUGACAAAAAGACUUAACAAACAGCUCAAAAUAUUUGGAGACCUAGCUUGCGGACGAGAUUUCAAGAAGUUUCUCUUGGUUACAUGGACAUUAGGAGUUGUUUCAGUUCUUGGUAAUUGGUUCACUGCUGCAACUAUUUUCUACCUAGCGACGGUAGCAUUGCUGACAUUGCCAGCAGUAUAUGAAAGGCAUCAAGAUAUUAUAGAUAUUCUUUCUGAGAAGGCGAUGAUUGAAUUAAGAAGUCGAUAUGCAGAGUUGAUGAAGAAGAUCUUUGGGAAGUCCGUACACUUGCAAGAUAAUAAUCUAGAGUAG